AUGCCUGCAGUUACCAAUGAAGGACUGAACGACGGUAACUUGGAUACAGUUUUACCACAAUGGGAAAGUCAGAGCAAGGAAAUACAGAUAAUAGCUUGCUUUUCCAAGAUGCCGGAGUCUGUGAAAAAUUUUCCCCAUACUAAACGUGUUGGAAACUACCUGGUUGGGAAAAUGAUCAAUAAAGGAUCCUUUGCUAAAGUGAUGGAAGGACUCCAUAUUCCCACUGGACAAAAGGUAGCCAUGAAAGUCAUUGAUAAAAAGAAAGCAAAACAAGAUUCCUAUGUUUUAAAAAACAUGAAGAGGGAGCCCCGCAUACAUCAGAUGAUAAAACAUCCCAAUAUAGUUCAGCUUUAUGAAACUCUGGAGACUGAGAAUUCUUACUAUAUGGUGAUGGAGCUGUGCCUGGGAGGGGACCUGAUGGACAGGAUAUGUGACAAGAAGAAACUGGAAGAAAGAGAUGUAAGGAGAUAUAUUCGGCAGCUACUUUCUGCUGUGGAGCAUCUGCACCGCCAUGGAAUUGUUCACAGAGAUCUCAAAAUUGAAAACUUUCUACUGGAUGAAAAUAGCAACAUUAAAAUUGUUGAUUUUGGAUUAAGCAACACAAUAAGAGUUGAAGGCCUUUCCCAGGAUCUUCUCAACACCCAGUGUGGUAGCCCUGCCUAUGCUGCUCCAGAAUUAUUAGCUAAUAAAAAAUAUGGUGUAAAGGUAGAUGUCUGGUCAAUAGGGGUCAGUAUGUUUGCAAUGCUAACUGGAACACUACCGUUUACUGUGGAGCCAUUCAAUAUUAAACAUCUUCAUCAAAAAAUGGUAAAUGGAGAAAUAAGUCCCAUCCCACCUGAUAUUUCUGCAGGAGCUGUACAUUUUAUCCACACCCUUCUGGAGCCUGAUCCUGACAAGCGUCCAACUGUUAAAGGAGCAAUGGAAGAUAAAUGGUUAAAUGACGGAUUUCUACAAAAAACACUGAAUGCAGUUUCAUUUAGAAAUAGGCUGCGCCCUGAUGAGCUGAAUCCCAUUGUUUUAAGUUACAUGAGCGAAUCCUUGGAUUUCAGUAUUUCAGAGAUUAUCAAUACAUUGGUGAAUAACAGGCCCUCUCCAGUUACAGCUUCAUACUAUUUACUACAUAAGAAACUAUUGAAACAUCAGAAAGAAAAAGGAGUUUUAAAGGAAAAUGCUUCUGAUAAAUGGAAUUUACCUGCUACAAUGCUCAGGGUAGCAACUACUGAAUCCAAUACCUCUACAAAAAAGAUUCUUUUAGAGGUACCUCUUCUAUAA